AUGAUGAACCAUCAUCUGCCCGCAGUGCCCCAUGGGCAGCCACCCAUGCCGCCUCCUCGACGGCAGCAGGAUCUUUCUUAUACGGCAGGACCGCCGAGCUUGCGCUCUCCCACAUAUAUGGGUUAUCACCCCCACAUGAACGGCCAUCCGCCGCCCGCUUACUCACCACAGCAAUAUGCUCACUGGUACCCGGGGUAUCCCCAGAUGCAGCUUCCUCCACGGCCAUUCCAGCCUCCAUAUGCACCGAUGGUUGUGUCUUCGUACCCUCAUUCCCAGCCUAUCAUGGCACCAGCGCACAUACCGCCACCAUCGCUUCCUUUACAACAGCCCAGGGCCACAACUCCUCUUCAACCUGGCAUGUCUCCUCCAGUCGGGCCGGCCAUUGUUCCAGCCAGCAUACAACCUCACAACCCUGCGGCCAUUCCAGUUUAUUCCACUCCCAGUCCAGCUGCGUCCUCCCCAUCUGCUCCUGCGCCUUUAAAGACUGCCGCUCCUGCUCCAAGAGAACCGUUUCGCGCACCGUUACCUUGGCUUUCGGUCCCCGAUCGUCCCUUCCCUGCCAGAGUUCCUCGUAGACGUCGAAAGAGUCGCAACUUACAAGCCUCGUCUAUUUCGGUUGAGCUACCUUCAAAGGAACCCCAAAGAGGUACAAAGUCAGCGAAGCAGCCCGAGGAGAAAAAACAGACAGCGCAGAAUGUGCAAGGAUCAUCGGAGCCUCAAACGCCUAACAUGUCUGCUACCCCAUCGGUUGUGGACUCGACUCAGCCCACGACACCAUCUUCGACUGUUCCUACUUCAUCUACUCGUUCCCAGCCACAUAUCAAAGGACAAAAGCCAGCUGUCCCGGUAGUACCUGUUGUCCCCGUCAUCCCGAGCCCUGGAACGCCGCGCCAAGCACAUACAGACGCUGGAAAUCGCGCUUCUGAGACAUCUAACCCAGUUCCUGCUGCUGUGGUCGAUGAUUCAACCAAAGAAGAUGUUUCAGACGAGGCCGGCAAAACAGCCUCUCCUGCUCGGUCUGCUCCUAAGUCCUGGGCCGAUCUGGUCCGUGCUAGAGGAGCUGCCAAAGCCGCAGGUGCGACGGGUGCUCCUUCAGUCGAGCCCAACGGCUUGAUCAUGCGCAAGAGCGAAUCUCUAGCCAAUGUCUUGACCAGUCUUGGUGAAGAUGUCUCUCAGUACAGCGAUAAGAUUGCCUUUCUCGAACCAAAGGGACUUGUAAAUACUGGCAAUAUGUGCUAUAUGAACUCGGUUCUUCAAAUCUUGGUCUCGUGCGUUCCUUUCUAUCAAUUUCUGGAUCAUGUUGGCAAGCGUGCAACACACAGCGUUCAGAGCGAGUUUCCUGUGGUUGAUGCGAUGAUCAUGUUCAUGAGAGAAUUCCGUGUUAUUGAUGCAGCUCAUUCAGAGGAACAAUUAAGGCUACGGCUGAAACCCAAUGAGCUCGAGGAAUAUGGUGAAGCUUUUAUUCCAGAGUUCGUAUACCAGGUGAUCCGACAACUACCCCGGUUUCGGGACAUGCGGCGGGGCCAUCAGCAAGAUGCUCAGGAAUUCUUGGGGUUUCUUUUGGAGGAAAUGCACGAGGAAUGCGCUCGGGCUGCUAAGGAUGCCAGCUUAGCGGAUUCUGCCACUUCUGUUUCUGCUGAACCGCCUAGUGUGGACGAGCAGUCUGGAGAUGGAUGGUUAGAAGUUGGGCACAAGCAAAAGGCCGCUAUCACCCGCUCAUCCGGCCAUAUCGCGCAGGAGUCUCCUAUCACUAAGAUUUUUGGUGGCAACAUUAGGUCGGAGUUCAAAGUGCCGGGUAACAAGACAUCCGUGACUUUGGAACCUUACCAGCCUCUGCAGCUUGAUAUUGGCUCGCCCGAUAUCAACAACAUUGUCGAUGCCUUGAAGGGUUUGACAAAGCCAGAAAGCAUUCAGGGCGAUUUCAACUCUUCACGCGGACCCAAUGUCACCGCUACCAAGCAGAUCUUCAUUGAGAAUCUGCCGCCCGUCCUCAUUCUUCACCUCAAACGAUUCCAGUAUGACAGCGCAACUAGAGGUACGCAAAAGAUCUGGAAGAAAAUCGGGUAUCCUUUAGAUUUGGAGAUUCCCCGAGAGGUCUUCCCGCCCAACAGACGCAACAUCAUGAUGGCCCAAGGGGGUUUGCCGAAGUAUCGUCUCAUCGGUGUCAUUUAUCACCACGGCAAAAACGCCAGUGGCGGUCAUUACACCGUGGAUGUUCGCCGCCAGGACGGUCGCGAGUGGAUUCGCCUUGAUGACACUGUGAUUCGCCGUAUCAAGAGCGAGGAUGUUGCCGAAGCGGGCGGCGAAGAAGAUCCCAAGGUUCUCGCUGCAGCGUUGGAGCAACACAAGCGAGACAACAACCCCACUGCUAAUAUCUUUGGUCACAUUGACCAAGAUGAUCUUGACCAGUCCGACAACGAACGAGGCUGGAGCCAGGUCAAUGGGGCCGGAACUGGCGGCCAUUCGAGCAAGAAGACCACCUCAGCCAUUGCAAAUGGAGUCUCUGCCGCUGCCGCAUCAGGAGUUUCUUCUGGAGUCAGAACCCCUAUUGGUCGAUACGGUUCGCGGGACAACAAGGUCGCAUAUUUGCUGUUCUACCAACGCGUGGCGUGA